CAUACUCCCAAUAAAAAUGAAUCUGGGUCGGGUUAGAGUCUAUACCUGAUCUAUCGAGAGGCCAAUUUGCUAUGCCAAUUAAUAAAAGUUCCAUCGAUUUCAGAGCUUCAAUAGGGGUGAUUUGUUCAACUCUUUAUUUUAUCUUCAACUGAGAAAAUAAUCAAAUUCUUCUCGCGGAAAAUUAUCUGGUCUCGUCCACCUUGAGCAGAUGGAUAGGUGUGUAUGGUUCGCUCUUCUUCAUUUCCUUUCCAUGAUCGCAUCGGUCGCUCGCCAAUCUUCAGCCUCAGCAAUCGUCAAUCCAUCUAAAGUCAAGCAAAUAUCAUGGAAACCGAGAGCCUUUGUAUAUGAAGGCUUUCUGACAGAUGAAGAAUGCAAUCAUUUGAUAUCACUCGCGAGAUCGGAGUUGAAAAGAUCGUAUGUUGCUGACAAUGAGUCGGGAAAGAGUAAGCUUAGUGAAGUUAGAACUAGCUCUGGAAUGUUCAUUUCUAAAGGAAAGGAUCCAAUUGUUUCUGGGAUAGAGGAGAAAAUUUCCGCUUGGAGUUUUCUACCAAUAGAAAAUGGAGAAGACAUACAAGUAUUACACUAUGAGGAAGGUCAGAAGUAUGAAGCACACCAUGAUUACUUUGUUGACAAGGUUAAUAUUGCUCGUGGUGGACACCGAAUGGCCACUGUACUCAUGUAUCUGACUGAUGUACCAAAAGGUGGUGAAACUGUUUUCCCUGAUGCAGAGCAAUCACCUCGUAGAUCAAUGAUUUCCAAUGAUGAUUAUUCUGAGUGCGCUAAAAAAGGCAUAGCAGUGAAGCCACGGAAGGGAGAUGCACUUCUGUUCUUCAGUCUCCAUCCAAAUGCCAUUCCUGAUCCUAUUAGCCUGCAUGGCGGAUGCCCCGUGCUCGAAGGUGAGAAAUGGUCUGCAACAAAGUGGAUUCACGUAGAUUCCUUUGACAAGAUUGUGGGAUCCGAUGGAAAUUGUACUGAUGUAAAUGAGCACUGUGAGAGAUGGGCUGCUCUAGGAGAAUGCACUAAUAACCCAGAGUAUAUGGUGGGAACUCUUGACCUCCUUGGUUACUGUAGAAAGUCUUGCAAAGUAUGUUAAUCAAUCAAGUAUAUGCCAUAUGGUGAAAACUCCACAAUCACUCCCACCCCAACUCCCAGGUUUACUAUAGAGAAAUCCUUGCAAUUUUUUGUUUUGUUUUCAUAACUUGUUCUUCCACUCAGAACUCCUUUAGCCAUAUUGUCCAAUUUUUUCAUUCCCAUAUGGUGUACAGUGUACUCUCUCCUAAUUGGGCAUAUAUAGAUUGACAAAAGUGCGAAAAACAGUCUGCGUUUGACAUCGCAUUCACUUUUGUUCAGAAACCCGCAUAUAGACACUUACAGAGUCACAGAUGCCUGUGUUGUAUCUGUGUAUCAGAGAGUCCAUAUUAGUUUUCCAUAAUUUUCAUGUAUGAUGUGUUGAACAGAAUGUUGAGGCUUGUAAAAAUUGCAUUUUUAUUGUGCUCCUUUGCUGUA